GGAAUCGAUGGGAGUGUCGUACUUAUUUCAACGGCGCUGGGAAAGGUUUUUGUCGUCUCUAUCCGUUCUCCAGUCCAGGAGGGGGCAUCAUAAAUACGUUCUUUCACGCAACGACGUGCUGGAAAAUGGCGUGGAUGGAUUUGCAUUGUGGCCCGAUGGCAUUAGGAAUCCUCGCAGGCGUAGGUUGUGGGUUUUGCUUUGGUUGGCAUCUACGAGGGCGACUCAUAAAACCUAUUCAGGGAGUAAUUUCAACAUGUGGAGAGGGUGAACCGUACACAAAUCAAACGAGCGUUAUUGGAGAGAAUGGUGAAUUCAAGAUGAUCCUAAUCGUUCGCUCUGACCUGAAAAUGGGGAAAGGUAAAGUGGCAGCGCAGUGUUCUCACGCAGCAGUGUCUGCCUACAAGCAGGUGCAGCAUAGAAACCCUGAUCUUUUAAAACAAUGGGAAUGCUAUGGGCAACCCAAAGUGGUUGUGAAGGUACCAAAUGAGGACUCUCUGCUGGAACUUUUGUGCCAUGCUAAGGAAGUUGGCCUGCCAGUCAGUCUUAUUCAAGAUGCUGGAAGAACCCAAAUCGCUCCUGGUUCAAGAACGGUUCUUGGUGUUGGACCAGGGCCUGCAGAUCUUGUGGACAGUGUAACAGGUCACUUAAGACUAUACUAGAAUGAAGUACAAAUUAAUUGAAUUAUAAAUAUUCAGUAUGUAUGUACUGGUUUAUACACACAUUAUUCAUUAUCAUGUAAUGCUAUCUAGGUUCAAAGCUGGUGUCACAUUAAAAAAAUGUAUAUUAAAAUACAAAUGUCACAUUUA